AUGAAGUGUGUGAACGUAAUAGCUACUGCGGUGCUCAUCAGUGUAAUGGCUUCCCAACUGCAAGCUACAACAACACCAACAGGAUUUGGCUUUGAACUGCUGCAGACACAGCUGGAAGCAUUCGAAUCACGAAUGAAAAAGCAAUAUGAUGACAUGCAACAGAGCAUCAAACUGAACCGGAUUGAACUUGAAACUAUCAAGCGAAACACUGCGGAAUCGCUUAUGAACCAAGAUUCCGGUGUGUAUUUUGUGAAUCUCAAACCGUCGUCAAACGAAUCGUUUGCAGUGUAUCGAGACGGCUCAAACAAUCAUGGCUUCGGAAGCAAUUGGACCGUCUUCCAAAGAAGAUUCGAUGGUUCGGUCGAUUUCGAUCGUAACUGGACGGAGUACAAACAGGGAUUUGGUGACCUCCGUCGUGAGCAUUGGUUAGGCUUGGAGAAGCUCAAAACCAUACUGGACACCGAACGCCAUGAGCUGCUGAUAGUAAUGGAAGACUUUGAAGGUGUGACGGCGUUCGCAAAGUACGAUGACUUCAAAAUCGGCAAUGAGAGUGAAAUGUACAAGCUCAACUCACUUGGCACGUACAGCGGCAUUGUGGGAGAUUCCUUCAGUUCUCAAUUGAAUCACAAGUUUGCGACCAGUGAUCAAGAUAAUGCCGGCAAGUGUGCAGAUAUUUUUAAAGGUGGUGGAUGGUACUCUUCGUGUUAUCAAAGCAAUUUGAAUGGUAUUUAUCUCAAGGGAGGCAAACAAGGUACGAAUAAAGGCAUCCAUUGGUACUAUUUCCGCGGCUAUCACUACUCAUUGAAGGCUACUAAGAUGAUGAUACGACCAUAUGCCUUAAGGAGUCACGGAUGUGGACAGUGA